UGGUUUCCUUUUAAUGUCCAUAUAGCAAUCAGAACCCGUCGAUUUUUUGUGUUUGGUUUUCCUUAUAAUUUUAAGUGAUGGCCCGGCCUAAAGUCAAAGCCCGCCCAUAAAUCACUAUUUCCUCUCGCUUCGGGAACCGGCCCAGAGGGUAGGUUAAUAAUUAAAUGCUGCUACAGUUGUAGCAGCUAAUUUUUUUCUUCACCUUAUUGCCCCUCGCUUAUUCCAUCAAAAGCUCAAAUUCAUUCUUUGGCGGUAGCUGAAAUUUCAAAAGAGCAGUGUGAACGACGACAGGGUGGGUGAAUGCGCGAGCUCCACAAUACAAUUGACGCAGAGGUCAGCUUUCUGGAGUGAGAGUGUUGGAUCGAUUCAGCCGAACGCAAGGCAAGCAGUUGUUAUAGCAUUUUGUUGAGAAGCAGCCAUGGCGAUGACUAGGCGACAGAGGGCAUAUACUGUGUUGGUGCUUGAGGAAAUAAUUCGUGUAUUAAAUCUUCAGCUUAUUAUUAUAAUUGAUUUGCUAAACAGGAUGAAAACAAAGAAGAGGAAACAUAUUGAGAUUGUUGAGUCGUAUUGUAUAAUUGAACGCAUGCCUAGUCAAGCCAUACAUUUGGACAGGAUAAUAGGGAGUAGUGAUAUUGAUUGUGUCUCGAACUUGCGAAUGGACCGUAACACAUUCAGUAGGCUGUGUCAAUUGUUACGCCAAUUAGGAGGUUUGCGUAACGGUCGCCACGUAACCGUGGAAGAGCAGGUUGCAAUGUUUGUCUCAGUACUAGCACACCAUAAGAAGAAUAGGAUCAUUGGUUUUGAUUUUUGGAGGUCCGGGCAGACAAUCUCACGGUAUGUCCACCUGGUUUUGAAAGCAAUAUUGAGAUUGCAUGUUAUCUUGUUGGUAACCCCAGAGCCUAUUCCCGAUGUUUCGGUCGAUCACAGGUGGAAGUGGUUUAAGGGUUGUUUAGGUGCUCUAGAUGGAACAUACAUUAAUGUUAUGGUACCAAACGCCGAUAAGCCACGUUAUAGGACGAGAAAGGGUCAAAUAUCCACCAAUACCCUUGCUGCGUGUGAUCGAAAUUUGAAGUUUACUUAUGUGCUGCCUGGGUGGGAAGGUUCAGCUGCUGACUCACGGAUUUUGCGCGACGCCGUGAACAGAGUUCACGGUUUGAAGGUUCCUAAGGGGAAUUACUAUUUGGUUGACAAUGGAUAUCCGAAUUGCGAGGGUUUUUUAUCACCAUAUAAGGGAGUGAGGUACCACUUGAAAGAAUGGGGACCAGGAGCUACCAGACCACAGAACGCGGAAGAGUUGUUUAACAUGCGGCACACGAAAGCAAGGAAUUGCAUCGAACGUGCAUUUGGCAUCAUGAAGAUGCGGUGGGGCAUACUUCGGAGCACAACGUAUUAUCCAGUGAAGGUCCAGAACAGAUUAAUCAUGGCCUGCUUCUUGCUAAACAAUUUCAUCCGCUCUCAAAUGGUUAAUGAUCCUCUAGAGCAGCAAUUUGAUGAUAUUGCCAAUAUGGAAGCUGAAGCAGGGCCUGAUGUCGAUGAAUUCGUUGAUUCCGUUGAGGUUUCAAGGGAAUGGAAUGCAAGUAGGGAUGCAAUUGCUCAAGGGAUGUGGCAGCAGUUCUUGUUGGGUCCUUAGAUUGUUGUAGCAGUUUGUUGGACUUGAAAAUCUGUAAAUUGAGUGAUGUGUGAGUUAGUUUGACAAUAGUCUAUCAGCUUUCCACGGGUGCAUUUGUUGUUGGAUACUUGGUUAUUUGCUGCUAUUUUAGUUGAAAUCUUGAUUGGAUAUUAGCUCUAUUUUGUUGCCAUUUGGUGUUACUUGUGUUGAAUAA